GUUUAUGGUUCACUGAUCUACCAAAGACAGUGCAGCAUAACGAGUUGGAAGUUGUUUUUGAUAAAAAUGUGUCUGUUUGCCACUUUCACGAGGUUGGAGUAAUAAAAUGUUGGACUACUUAAGACGGCUCGAAUCUAGAUUCCCGGAAGUCUGUGGCUUUACAGUGUAGCAGUUUUUUUUGCACUGAUUCCACAGUAUCACAACUUUCUUUGUCAAAGAGCCGAGAGAAUACCGAACGGACCUACCAGCAUGGUUGCAAGGGCUGGUUUGAUGGGGCUACGAAGCCGACUCGCAGUGCUUUUCUCGGUUGCGCUAUCUCCGUGUCUAUGCACUUCUUUUGGCCAGAUUUACCCCCUGGUCUAUGAUGAGCAGUUGCUGUGGGUGAGUGGCGGGGCGGGGCAGGUGAGCACCUACCGGAUCCCCCUGCUCUCCUUCACCCCCAAGGGCAGUCUGCUGGCCUUCGCUGAGGCCCGGAAGAAGUCUGCCAGUGACGUGGGGGCCAAGUUCCUUGCCAUGCGACGCUCCACAGACAGAGGUGCCACGUGGUCUCCCACCUCCUUCAUAGUGGACGAUGGCUCACUGGCUGACGGGCUGAACCUGGGUUCUGUGGUGGUGGAUGAGGAGACUGGCUCUGUGCUGCUGAUCUACUCUCUGUGCUUCCACCAGUACCAGUGUGACCCCGCCAGUAUUAUGCUGGUGGAGAGCAUGGACGACGGUCUCAGCUGGAGCUCACCAAGGAACCUCUCGGUCCAGCUGGGAGUUAAGAACUGCCCCGGGCCCGGCUUUGGCAUUCAGAAGCACUACCCUCCUGCUAAGGGGCGUCUGGUGGUGUGUGGACAUGGCACCCUGGAGGGUGACGGGGUCUUCUGCAUUCUGAGUGACGACCAUGGACAAAACUGGAAGAAUGGCGCCGCGCUGAAGAGCAUCCCCUACAACCAGCCCAAACAAGCCCUGGACUUCAACCCAGACGAGUGCCAGCCUGUAGAGAUGGAGGACGGCAGCAUCGUCAUCAACGUGCGCAACCAGAACAACUACCACUGCCGCUGCCGCAUGGUGGUGCGCAGCCUAGACGGGGGUGAGACUCUGCCUGUGGAGCAGCUGGUGUUUGACUCCACCCUGAUAGACCCAAUGGUAGCGGCAGGGGCGCUGCAGAAGGAGGGCGUGAUGUACUUUACCAACCCAGCUGACAGUACCCACAGGAUCAACCUAACCCUGCGCUGGUCUCUGACCAAUGGCACGUCGUGGGAGAAGAAGGCUGUCCAGAUCUGGGCGGGCCCAAGCGGCUACUCCUGCAUGACAUCACUUACGAGCGGCGGCGCGGAGGACAGGAAGUUCAUCUUUGUAAUCUACGAGAAAGGCCACCAGGACUACGAUGAGACCAUCUCCUUCGCCAAGAUCCACCUCUACGGUGGAUUGUAGUAGAGUAAGGCUGGGAGGGGACUAGGUAGAGUCUGCCUCUAACCACUGGUCCAGGGUCAGGGUCCGUAUUCUCAAAGCGUCUCGGAGUGCUGAACUAGCAUCAGUUUAGCCUUUUAGAACAUAACGAAUUAGAUUAUAUAGACAGGGGGACCUGAUCCUAGAUCAGCACUUCUACUCGGUGACACUUUUUGAAUACGGGCCCAGAUAUUUUUAUCUGCUUAAUAAUGGUUAUGGUUAGGGAAUUUAUCCUAGAUCUGUGGUUAGGAGCAGGUUCUACGUCCAGCUGGGGAGGGAUGUGGGGGAGGGAAAGGGAAGAGGAUGUUGAAGAUUCUCUCAGGAAGGAGGACUCAUGGGACUUUGCAGCACCACUUUGUUUUGAUAGGUGGAGGGAGACAUGGAGAAAUACAAACUACUGUUUUAUUAUACCAAGAAUGACAGUUGUGUGCCACUUUAUCCUAAGGUGGGCUUUUAAAUACAUCAGGGUUGUAUUCAUUAAGGCACACCGCAGCAAAACGUAGCAAAACAUUUUGCAACGGAAAACGGAAAGUUCAGGUAGUCCCUCCCUGUUUUAGUCUGUUUUCCUCCAUUUGGUGCCUAGUAUACAUUUAUUAGUAUGGCCCAAGCAUACUAAUAAGGGUCCUUUACUGAAGCUAUGAUAGUCUGUAAUGAUUGGUGGGAUGUUGGUGUAGCCACGCUUCCUUUCUGUUGAGGCUCCCAUAGCUGAGAGAGGGGGGAAGUCUCCCACCCAUCUCUUUUAUUUUGUGAUGUAGGGAAGGAAAAUGUUUAGGGGGUUACAGUGCCUUGCAAAAGUAUUCAUCCCCCUUGGCGUUUUUCCUAUUUUGUUGCA